CCCCAAACUGAAUCUCCAGAGAACUGAUCUCACAGCCAUGAGACCAGUCGGUUUCACCAGCCGAGACUUGCGCUGCGGUCUUUUGGAACCCGUCGCGGAGUUGGAGAUGGAGAGACAGCCCCACAUCAGCGAGGAGAUGCAGGCUGAGUUGGAGAAUGAGAAGGGGCAAUCGCUGAGUGUCGAGGUGCCGCAUGUUUGCCGUCAGCUUUGGCCGAUUUUACACGUCCUUGCCUGGACGCUUUUCCGCAUCAAAGUGAAUGUCAGCAUGAUCCUCGACCCUGACAGCCCUGGAGGGAAGGUCUUCUACGGGGAUCACCUGCCCAUCUACCUGCGCAUGGCUGAUGGCAUUUUGCGCCCGGCCAUUUGCAGUCUGAGCUUGGUGCCCUUUUUUUUGCCAUUUGCCAACUGGGAGUCGCAGCUGCGCCAGGCAAGUCUUGCGGCCUGGUUCUCCGUGGCGGUCCUCUCGUCCCUGUUGGAGUUGUUGGCCCUCGCCGUGCCGGAGGAUCUCCAGGCGCCAGGCGCCUUCGACGGAGUUCUGAUGACCUUCAGCUGGGUAAGCCGACUGGGCCUCGGCCUGGUCACACAGGUCUCGCUCCCAGGUCUCCGGGGGAGGUGCUUCAGCUUCGCUUGGGUCGGCUGGGUGGGGAUCUACGGCUUCAGGGCCUUGGCGCGGAUGGUCCAGCUGGACUUGCCUGCAGCCUUGGACCACUUCUUCACUGGUCUUACGUGGAGCCUCUUGGCCGCGCUGACCGGUAUAAGCGCCCUGGCGUUGGGCCGCGAAGCUGUGACGAAGAGGAGGAUGCUGGAAGGCAGACAGGGCAGGGACGAGGCAUGUGCCAGAAACGCCGCGCGAUCCGCGCGCUUGCUGUGGCUUGGCUCUGCUCUGACAAUCCUCGAUGCCGUGAACUUGGUGUUGAUUGAAGGCUGCCACGAGAUUGGCUUCUUCACCUUGGACAACGCCCUCGUGCUCUCGACUAUCCUGGUGCUCCUAUUCGCGCUAGAGGUUUCAGAUCAAGUGCUGGAGCUGGGCUACAUGGCCAGGAUCUGUGGGAAGCGCAUCGCCUUCCCAGGCAAGGUGAACCGCAGCGCACAGCACUGCGUCGUCAGCUUUCCCGGCAAAUAUGCCGAAGAAUGGGAUGACGCAGUACGCAGAGUGCAGUUGGAGGCAGGUGCCUGCAGCCUCGCCUGCGUCUUCUUAACGGAUCGGACGUCAGGUUUGGGCGUGCAUGUUGAGAACCCAGACCAACCUGGCACCUGCUGGUGCAGGGCCCUAUAUGGGCAGGUGAAGGCAGAGGCGUACCGCAGCAUCGUUGAUGAACCAGACUCCGUGAGUGCAGAAGACCUUCGCUUCAAAGAGAUGGAUGCUGUGGCCAUGGGUCAAGUCUUCCUCAAGAGGGAUGGGCAAAGUGAUGAGCAGUGGAAAGCAGACAAGCAGGCAGCAGAGACAGCGGCACAGAGGAAGUGUGAAGAGAACGGCGGCCGCGCGCCGUGGGGCUGCCGCUGGUUUCACGAGUGGCAAGCCAACGUGCACCAAGCGGCGGCCCUGAAACAAACGCUGCACGUCUUCUACUUCGAAGGCAAAGUCGGACGUGGGAAACUCCCCUGGCAGGACCUCUCAAACGAGACUUCUGUCCAAAGGGCUCGCGAAGACAGCGGGCUGGGCGCGUCCCAGGCUGCCGAAGUCGCCUAUCUGAACAAGUGCGGCUUCCAUUUUGUAGAGCACGAUGUCGCAGAGUUCUACAACUUCAUGGUGGAGUGCAGAAACAACAUUUGAUGCGGCGCAACUCCCAGCAAUGCACCCCCAGUUCAUUUCUGGUUUGUAGAAGCAAACCCGACAGCUUUUGCAAUACUGUUUGUUCAUUGUUGGGUUUACCGCGUGAAUCACGGGACGCACCGUCCAGUGCUCAGCGGAAGUCUGACGCGGAAAAACCAUCGCGAGCGAGCGAA